AGGGGUUCAGGGAGUGGCCAGUUCUCCUUUCAUAACCAGGGUUGGAAUAAAAGGAUGCUUUGGACCAGACUCUCAGUAUCCAACUUCAGGAGCACAGAACCCAACACUCUGCUAUGAUGAUUUACAUUUCAGGACUUGUUGGCUUCCUGUUGGUGCUAACGGCUGAGGCCAGGAUUGGGAGCUCCUCUGAACUUGACUUCUGCUCUGAGACCGAACAGUGUCUGCUGUUUGAUUCCAUUUGUAAGACUGAUGAAUAUGAGGUCCGUGACUAUGGCAAUGUGACAUGGGUUUGGACUGAAGAGAAAAGCUAUUUCAUGGACUUUGCAAUCUUCCCAUUAUUCCGCAGACUGUUUAACUACAUCAAAGACUUCGGCAUUGAAAUGACAGCUCCUGUUAUCAUAAACAUUGCUGAGGACAAGUCAUCUUUUUCUAUAUUCGGUAUGAAAAAGUAUAUAUACACAAUGAGUUUCUUGAUGCCCGCUGAACAUCAGGCCAAUCCCCCCAGACCUAAUGAUAGGAAGGUGAAGAUCGGUCACAUGGACGCAAUGAAGGUGUAUGUACGGAGCUAUAAAGGAUUGAUGUCGAGCUUCCUCUACAAAAGCGAAGCGUAUGCUCUGUCCUCUUACCUAGACUCGGCGGGUGCAAACUAUGAAAAAGACCACAACUAUGCUGUUGGAUAUAACAGUCCAAGGAAGAUGUUUGACAGCUACAAUGAGGUGUGGUAUGUUGUGAACGGUGAACCGGUGUGUUCCAGCAGUGAGGAGAUGGGUUGAGCCCUGUGUAAUGACAGCCUUUAUGAAAAGAUGUUGUAGCUGCUUCAGGUUAUAAUGUGUCAUACAAACA